CUAACAGUCACCAUGGUCACCUGAGGGGUCCUUCCCGGAAUGAGGCGCCUUUAUUCUGAAGGUGCUGAAGCACCUCUUAUUAUGAAGGUCCUCACCGGAAGUACCGUGUCAUACAGCGUCUCUCUGGGCCAGACAGUGUGGGUUCAGUCCUGAGGCGGCUCUUAUUGUGAAAGUCUCGGUGUACAGCAGCAGAACCUCCCACCCUCCCAGUCAGUUCAGACGCCCGGACUGAAGCGGUACCAUGUCCUCGCUGCUGCUCCUCCUGCUGGUCCUCCUGCUCGGCCUGCUGGUUUGGAUCCUCGGCGGCAGAACCAGAAAACAGGAUGAACCUCCUCUGAUUAAAGGCUGGAUUCCCUUCAUUGGGAAGGCCCUGGAGUUUGGAAAAGAUGCUCAUAAGUUUCUUGAAGAACAUAAGAGGAAGUAUGGAGACGUGUUUACAGUCCAGAUUGCAGGUAAAUACAUGACCUUCAUCAUGGAUCCCUUACUGUAUCCCAGCAUCAUCAAGCAGGGCCGGCAGCUGGACUUCCACGAGUUUACCAGUAAGGUGGCUCCUCUGACAUUCGGAUACCCGCCCGUCCUCAGCUCCAAGUUCCCCGGCCUCUGGGAACAGAUCAAGCGGUCCUUCCAGCUCCUGCAGGGGGAUCACCUUGUUCCACUGACAGAUAGCAUGAUGGGUAACCUGAUGCUGGUGUUCCGUCAAGACCACCUGGAUCGGGAUGGUGACUGGAGGAGAGGCAGCCUGUAUGAGUUCUGCUCCUCAGUUAUGUUCGAGGCCACCUUUCUGACCAUCUACGGGAAAACAGCGACUGGCAGCCGGCACAGGGGGAUGGACAAUAUGAGGAAGAACUUCAACGAGUUCGACAACAUGUUCCCCUUCCUCAUUGCUCAGAUUCCCAUCUGGCUGCUUGGAGGUACCAAAGCCAUCCGCCAGAAGCUGAUCUCGUACUUUCUGCCACAGCAGAUGUCCCGUUGGUCCAACACCUCCCAGUUUAUCCAGAGACGAUCAGAGCUAUUUGACCAGCACGACAAGCUGAAGGACUUCGAUAAAGCUGCUCAUCACUUUGCCAUCCUGUGGGCGUCUGUGGGCAACACGGUACCUGCUACUUUCUGGGCCACGUACUUUCUGGUGAGCCAGCCUGAGGCACUGAAGAUGGUCCGUCAGGAGAUCGUUGACGUCUUGAGGGACAGUGGUAUCAAGUUCAGCACCGACAAGUAUGUGAUGCUCAGCAAGGAGCAGCUGGACAAGCUCAUCUUUCUGGAGAGCUCCAUCAACGAAAGCCUCCGCCUGUCCUCGGCCUCCAUGAACAUCCGGGUUUCUCAGGAGGACUUCAGUCUGCGGCUGGACAACGACCGCUCAGUGGGCGUCAGGAAAGGAGACAUCAUUGCCCUGUACCCUCAGAGUCUGCACCUGGACCCUGAGAUCUACGAGGACCCACAGACGUUCCGGUUCGACCGCUUUGUGCAGGACAACAGAGAGAAGACUGACUUCUCCAAAAACGGACAGAAGCUCCGGUACUACCUGAUGCCGUUCGGCUCCGGCUCGUCUAUGUGUCCCGGACGAUACUUCGCCAUCAACGAGAUCAAACAGUUCGUCUGUCUGCUGCUUCUUUACUUUGACCUGCAGCUGGAUGAUGCGCAGAACCGACCCAAUCUGGACUCAAGACGAGCCGGACUGGGAAUAUUGAUGCCCUCCUCGGAUGUCCGUUUCUGCUACAGACUGCGGGCCGUCUGACCCAAGGUGCUGAAAUGUGUCCUGAUGUUUCAUUCCCUCUGGAGGUCUUCUGGACUGAUGUUUGUGUUCUGGUCGGUUCUGUGGCUCAUUCAGAGCUUACUGGCCAGACUAGUUCAGUAUAGACUUGAAAGAUGAGUUCAAUAUGUUGGUUCUUUGUGAGGAGAACCAGGACCCGAACUCUUUAGGGCAAAACAUAGUCUUUAGGGCCUACAUAGUCACGCAUGUCCAUGCAAAGCUCAAUUUCUACAAGCGCGUAUUCAGUACCACAGAAAACUGCUCGGCAAGAAAAAGUUUCCACAUCAAACAGUUUUUUUUAAAUGUGAGACGCUGCUCCGAGCAGCCGGUUGCGACUAUGCGCAGCAUUAGGGCCACUCUCUGCCUCGCACUGACAAAUCUAUUCCUCUUCUUCGUCCCUAGUCUGGUUUAAUGACCUUUAACACCAUCUUCUUUUAUUUUUGUUUUUCCAAAGCUACGCGGCGAAUUAGUUCUGCCUCCCCGUUCGAUGACGCCAUGGCAGAAAGUGUGGGAAAUGUAGGAAUUUGUUCCCACAAAUAUAGGAAAUUGCUACGCUUGACCGUGGAGCUGCGGACAGUACGCCCGACUAUGUUCUGCCCUUAUCUUUGUUCUUUAACCCAUUUCAGAGUUGUUGAUUGACGUCCCACUGAUGGUGAUUUUAACAUCCUGAUCAGUCAAAUCUGGUCCAGUUCCUGCCGAUCGGGUCAUUGACGCAUCCUGCUGAUCAGGAAACUGUUUUAGUCAGAACAGAACCUUUCCAGAGGAAGGUGUUCCACAAGGAUGAUGUCCUACAACUAAAUCCUGUAAACACUGUCUGAAUAUUUCUGAAUCUAACAUUUUAAUAAACUGACUUCAAAAUA